AUGGAUGGGUUCAGGAAAGUUGUGGAGGAGUGUGACUUUGAAGACCUUACUAAUGAUAUUGAUACUUUUACUUGGUGUAAUGGUCAAAAGGAGAAUUUUAUGCUGGAAAAAUUAGAUAGAUGCCUAGCCACUUCGGAUUGGGUUAAUCUUUUUCCUCAAAGUAGAGCUUUCUAUCUUGAAUGGCGGUGUUCAGACCACAAGGCUUUGGUGCUUGAUACCGAGGGGGGACGGGAUUCCAAUGAAGAGGGGAAGGCACUUCGAUCCCGGUUUCACUUUGAUGAGGCUUGGGUAGAAGAGGAAGAGUGUAGUGACAUUGUUAGAGAAGGUUGGAACACGGGGGCUCCUUGCUCAUCGGAUUGGGACUUUAAGAGUAAAACUCAAAGGUGUGGGAGUAGAUUAAAUAGCUGGAAUACAAAGAAGAAAAAAGAGUUGAAGCACAGAGUUAAGGAGGGUACAAGGAGGGUGAAUGAGUUGUCAAAAAGAAUGAAUGUUGAUAAUUGGGGAUUACUUAAAGGUGCUUAA